AUGUCACUGAAAGACAAGGUCAUCGUCAUCACCGGCGCAGCGUCCGGGAUAGGCGAGGAAACUGCCCGCCUGUUCGCGAGCAAAGGCGCCGUACUUUCCCUCGCCGAUGUCCAGGAAGAGCGCCUCCAGAGACUAAAAGCCGAGCUCAUGCAAACACACCCAGAGGCGAAGAUCAUCGCAGUCACCGUGGACGUCUCGCAACGCAAGGAGGUUGAAGACUGGAUAUCCGAAACCGUGGCUACUUUUGGCAAGCUGGACGGAUGUGCUAAUCUUGCGGGUGUCAUCGGGAAGCAGAGCAACGUCGUCCCGAUCGGAGGGGUCGACGACGAUGACUGGGACUUUGUCUACGGUGUCAAUGUCAUUGGUUUGCGCAACUGUCUUAGGGCCCAGGUUCCCCACAUCAACGAGGGCGGCGCGAUAGUCAACGCCUCGAGCAUCUUAGGACUCAUCGGCUUACCCAACAAUCUGGCAUACGCAAGCAGCAAGCACGCAGUCGUUGGAAUGACAAGGGUGGCUGCAAAAGAGCUGGGACCGAGGAAAAUUCGGUGCAAUUGCUUCUGCCCCGGUCCGGUAGACACGCCAAUGCUGAGGAACAGCUAUGAGCUUCUCGGGAAAGACGUGGAUUAUAGUUUCCUGCCGCUAGGCAGAACGGCCCAUCAGAAGGAACUUCCAGCUACUGUUGAAUUCCUUAUCUCAGAUGCCAGCUCGUUCAUGACAGGAGUCGCACUCCCUGUCGACGGCGGGUGGUAUUGCUAG